AUGCAAAUCAAUGGUAUCGAAUCUAGAGGUAUUAUUGAUUCGGGGACCAGAUUUAUUUUAGGUAAAAACGAAGACGUCAAGAAUGUACUGGAUGCUAUUGAUGGGUUGGAGAUCAAAAAGUCUGGCUCAGGUGACUGGCAAGGGUGGUACAAUUGUGACGAUCCACCUGAGGUCAACAUCAAAGUUGCAGGGAAAGAAGUCAAAAUGAGGCAUGAUGCAAUGUUUGGGGGUCGGAAUAACGGUAAGUGCCUGCUGACAAUUUCAAGUUUUCAAGGGGCUCCCGAAUGGAUUUUUGGUGAGCCGUUCUUCCAGAUGUUUUCAGUCAUUUUUGACUUUGAUAAUGAGCGCCUGGGUCUCGGAAAGCUCAAAUACUGA